CUAUCCAAGAAGGGAGGUCAUGUUCGCGGACGGCCUGGCAGCUUGCCGAUCGAGAAAGUGUUGGCCAUCUGGUCCGGCAACAAACGACUUCGCCAGCACCGAUUUCGCGCUCCAACCAACAGCGGUCGUCUGGCCGAGGCCUACGCAACGGAACAGCAGAUGCCCACAAGUCCACUUGAACAAAUGCUCCUCCAACGCGACAAUGAGCUGUUGGUGGAUCUGCUGACACGCUGCCUCAAGUGGCUGCCGGACGACCGGAUCACGCCAGCCGAGCUUAUGCGCCAUCGCUGGUUCACCAACUGGUCGACUCCGCCGAAACGAUCCAGUCAUUCGGCUUCGGGCGAACUGGCCCUCGAGGCUUGUCCCAACCUUUUCGGGCCCGAGGCGAGAGCAACACCGACGAACGGAUCGUCAGCCAAAGUGAUCAAGGAUCCGGCAGAUUCAGGAAAUCCUGUCAAAGCUAAAUUCUACUUAAGCCAGAAAGAAGAAUGCAGCGAGAACGGGGAUUCCAUGCAUCUGAGGAGCCAACAGAGGCAAAUCAAGAGUCAUAUCCAACACCCUGAGCCGAAUCACUGCUACCAACAACCGCAGGCCCAGCAACAGAAACAGCAAAAGCAGUCGCAACAAGCCCGACCUCUGGGUCAUCCAACUGGUCAGCAGUUGCAUCAUUCCAGGACAACAGCCAACAUGCCCACAGGCGAGUUGGUAAGUACUCCGCGCAGAAUGUCGAUGGUCAUCCCCGUAGCUGUAGCUCAUGAGCAAGGGUUGUUCCAUGGUCUCGACGAUCCGCUCCACUCGACCGAGCUUGACGAGCAUUUGGUCAAUCGGACUUUGGACAAUGGAUUUGCAGAUCAGUCGAGAAGAUUCGGUUGUGGCUGUGGAGUGAAUGAGUUGAAUUACGAGUCAGAGGCUCGGAUGCCGCAUUUUGCAUGUAGGCCCCAGGACAGUCUAUCGUCCAGAGCUGACCUGCGAGAUGUGGAACGGGCGAACAGUCUUCACGGCAUGCUAGAGAAUAUGAAUCUACAUACCAAGGCCCUGCCGUACCAGACCUCACCGUCGCGAAGACAGGCGUCAGGCGGCCGCUCAUUGGUCGGACCCAGUAACGAGGAGAAAUCCUUUUUCACCUCGAAUGAAGCCCUCCAAUCAGGUGACACUGCAGGCCCCUUACACCAAAAUUUCUAUCCCACUUCAGUCAAAGUCUGCUCCGGACGACAGACUCAGAACUUUCACGAUCGCAAGCUUUGUCACUUUCUUGGUGAAGGAGUUGCAGCAGACAAUAGAGCCUUAGCAGAAGAGAACAAAGCCUCGGCAAUUUCCAUUCCUUCAACGGCGCCUCCCACCACGUCGUCUGCGGCACACCCUGUCACCAGAAGUACGGUCGGCACAUCCGGAGGGGUGGCCUGUUGUCUAUGGGACCACCCAUUCGAGGGUGACAACUCUGUCUUGGCUCCGUCUGAGAGAGGGUCAAAACAGAAUAUGGUCUCGACUGGAUCGCAGCCCAAUCCCCGUUACCUCGUGCACAACGUACUCCGUCGGCCGCGAAGGUUGAUCCCAGUGCCAAUGAUGAAUCGAAGGACAAUGGGCGCAGACUCGGAUCUCUUGCAUCUACUGCCACAAAGAGUGUUGCACACCAACGCCACCUCCAGCAUCAAUCUGCCACGUUCCGCUGUCUUCGCGACCUCUACGGCUGACUCGCAGACAAACACGAUUGGUACCGUUUCUGUUGCCGACACUGUCCUGACGAUGGCCUCGAAGUCUAUUUUCACCUCGAGCACCCAAACGCUGAGUAGCGCCAAAUAUUUGCCCGCAUCCAGAGACGAGGGCGCAAGUGAAUGCGAUAAUUCCGUUUUCUUGCGAGCCCCCAUUGCCAAAGUGUUGCCACGGGAAUUGAUGUAUUCGUCAGGCGCGGCACCCGGAAACGGCCGACUUGGCAGCUUUGCCGGAGGCCGAGCGAUGCCCACUCUCGACUUGCGCCCCACGGAUCAGGAGCCCAGCUCUGCAGUCCAGUCGACAAUCGCAGGAUCACGGUGCCAACCGCGACCGCGACCGCGACCUCGGCCGGUAUCUGAUUUCUUCUUCGACACACUCCGCGACAGGAGUCGUCGUAAAACGACAACCGAUAUGGCUGGUGGAGUGGACAGUGGAGGCGAGUGUGAAGGCGACGAUGGCGGUGUACUCAUAGCUGGC